AGACUAGUAUGUCUCUCGAUUGAUCAGUAAGAGAGAUGGUAGUUGUACGGUGGCAGUCGCGGAUGAGUGGCAUAAUGGUGAUUAAGCGCCUCAUAGGCAUCACUUUGCUGAUGGCAUUUUUGCCUGCAGGGAUCAAGACUGAUUUGCCCCUAAGGACCUCCACAACAGAAUGCAGAGACCAUUACUUCUGGAUGAGUGCAGCCUAUAACCUAAAUGGUGCCACCUAUAGAUUUGAUGUCCUAGACAAUGGAGGCAUUUAUCCUCUGACUGAGACAUACGCUUCACAGUGCGGCUUUACUUAUGGCAUUGACUUUUCUGGUAACAUUACAUUCCGGGCCUCCUUCCUUGCCUGUCAUGUUUUAAACAAUAAUGAUCUGUCAUUUUCCCUGCAAUUCCGGCUUGUAGUAAUUGACCAGCUUAAUGGGGAGACUGAUUACCCAUUUUCAAUGUUCUGCCAGCUCCUCUCUCCAUGGCAGCCACGUGAGAUAGUGUGUGAGGAAAAUUACAUGGAGGUUUCGGUAAGAAAAAAUGUGCCAGUAAUUGGUCAGGAAGGAAAAAGUGCAGAAGACUGGGAAAUUGCCUUGCCUUUGGUUGACUCUGCAGACAUGAUGGUAUGGCAGAUUAUAUUUCACAAGGUUAACCAGCCAAUGAAAAUCAUGACAACAGUUGCUGCCCUUGAUCUUGGCUAUUUGGUCAACUCUACUUUUUCCAGAGUUGUUCUGAGAGCUCCAUAUUCAUUGACUGAAUCUGACCUAAUUGAGUUGGAUAACAUUGAAGUGGAGGUGGUCAGAGGCACUGUCCUAUACAAGCAGAGAUGGAUGCUGCUACUUGUGGAUACCUCUACUGCCUGUAGCAAAUAUCAUGCAGACUUCACUAAUGACAACCUGGUGUGGCUUACUCCUCGAAUUAUGGACCCUCUGGUUCUCCAUGUCUCAAUGUUCACAGAUAUGUCUCUACAGAUGGGUAUUGAUGGCAAAGUGUUGGACAGCCUUACCAUACAGAGUCGUGGCUAUCUGCUGACCAAUGAGAGUGCUGUAGUGAACAUCACUAUACCUUAUGGGUCACCUGGGGGUUACACACAGAGCCAUGUUAUUAACAACCAGUACAACCAGAGAUAUUCAAUAAAUGUGUACCUUGUACAUGUGUGGGCGGAUGACAUGUGGGACUCAACCAGACAUGCCUCCUUCAUUCCUCUGCAGACACCCUAUAUUCCUCAGACUCCCUUUGUCCUUAAUGAGACUGGACCUCAUGACACAGCCUUCACAGUUUACUGUGGUGUAUUCAAUUCAGAUGUGACCCUAUGGAACCUGACUGUUGGUGGCCAGACACUAAGUGUACCCCAAGCCCUUGAUAGGGGUUUUGAAAUUUCAGAAAUUAAAUAUGCAAAUGGUACACAUGGCUAUAUUGUAAAGAUUAACUUCAUUGACCCUCUAAUUUAUGCAGAGUAUGUUGGAGAGGGUGUAAGGCAGUACACGCUGAAGAUAAACUACACGAUGAGCAUCGUACCACAAAUUGAGCUUUAUUACAUCCCUGCAACUAUUGUGCACCUUGUCUUUGAUGUUGUCUAUCCCAAUUCCACUGGUGCUUGCACACCUUCUGGCUUCAUUUUUGAAUCUUCUGGUGGGAAUCUAAACACUCAGUGGGCCUAUUAUGUUGGAAACCAUGAAUUGACAGAGGAGCUGGCUAUAGCCUGGGGCUAUAACCUAACCAUGGAUCCAAACUUGCAUCUUGAAGUGCCACUCCUCAGUCCUGGAGUUGUCUAUGAGGAUAUCUCUUUGCGGGGUAUUGUUGCUCAAUUUGUGUUAAGUUUAGUGGAUGUGGCCACUCUAACUGUGGAAAGUGUGAUCCUCAAACGUUGCUGGUUUCCACCAGAGGAAUUGCUAGUCUGCAUGCCUGAUGGCACAAUAACUGUUGUAGCUGUUAUAAUGUCUACAAUUCCAAGAGUAGACACCAGCAAAAUGUCCCUUCUGGACAGGACCUGCUUGCCUACUGAGGUGAAUGAAACUUAUGCUGUGUUCAGCUUUUCAGCAAACACCUGUGGGACCAGAGUAAAGAUUAAGAAUGGUUACUUGAUCUAUGAGAAUGAGGUGAUUUACAACCGGGAACUUUUUCCUGUAAACUUUCCAGUCAUCACCAGGGAUUCUGAUUACAGGCUCACAGUCCGUUGCCUUUAUCCAAUUAAUGAUACCCUAAAAAUCUAUGCAAAGGGAGUGCCACCCUCAAGAAUCAGAUCAGCUAUGAAAUUUGGCACCUAUUCUGGACCUAAAAGAACCAGAGACAUCAUCAACAUGAAAUCUCGUAUAGCAAAGGAUGUGACCUUCACAAAGUUCUACUCUGACUUGGAGUUCCCUGUGACACGGGCGCCAGUAGAGCCUCUGUUUCUUGAGACCGAGCUACUUCACAGCAACCCAGCUGAGCAUCUUGUACUGAAAGACUGUUGGGCUACAGAAACGGCAGAACUAGAUGCCAGGCCUCAAUGGGAUCUGGUCACUGAUGGGUGCCAAGUUUCUGAUAAGUCCUAUGCAGUAAAGUUGCUCCCUGUGACUACAAAUGGGGCCAGGAAUCCUCACCACAUCAAGAGAUUUGUGAUCAAUAUACUGGAAGGGCCAAGCCCCCUUUGGGAGCAGAUCUACAUUCAUUGUUCAGCUGUAAUUUGUGAUGGUCACCUGAGUGCAUGUGAUGACCUCUGCAUUUCUGAAGACCGUACUGUUCGUAGCCUUCAGACACUUGGACAGCAAAAAGGGUAUGUUUCAGCUGGACCAAUCCACAUUGGCAACAUGAAACCUGGCAAUGUGAAAAUGGUUUCAGGGAACACCUAUAAACAAAUGCCAGUACUGGGAUUUGUUGCUGCCAUGCUUGGAGUGAUGCUGAUCAUAUUUGUAAUUAUUGCUGUUAAAGUUAAAUGUUAAUAAAGAGAUUUUUGUCUUAAUA